AUGGACCUCUUCCCAGCCAUUCCGGCGCCAGCAGCAGGCGUGGAGUCGCUGGACGUGGGGGACUUCCUUGAGGCAGCCGAUGGACCUCCAGGACAAGGUUCAGUCGGGGACUUGUCAGAGCCCUCACCUCGCCUGCUCCUGCUGGACGUGCGGUCGCCUGGAGAGUUCGCUGUCGGCCACAUUCCAGGUGCUGUGAACCUUCCGCUGUUUGACGACGACGCCCGCGCCGCCGUGGGAACAGACUUCAAGCGCAAGGGCAAGUUCGAGGCCAUCCGACGAGGCCUGCAGCUGGCAGGGCCCAACUUCGCGGGCUUCAUCGAUGCCUUGCAGGAGCUGGGGGCAAAGCCAGGCUCGAGGUUGCUGGUCUACUGCUGGCGCGGCGGGAUGCGCUCGGGCUCCAUGGCUUGGCUCUUCAGCCUCUGCGGCUACCAGGCGCAGACGCUGAAAGGAGGCUACCGUGGAUUUAGACGCUGGUGCAAAACUGUGGUCGGGCAGGAGCAUGCCCCGGCCCCGGCCCCGGUCUGGGUGUUGGGCGGCUGCACCGGUGUUGGGAAGACCGCGGUUCUGUGGGAGCUGCGGCAGCGUGGCGAGCAGGUGAUCGACCUGGAGGCUUUGGCUCAUCACCGAGGCUCUGCUUUUGGUGCCAUCGGCCAGCCUGAGCAGCCCAGCAAUGAGGCUUACGAGAACCUGCUGGCCUUUGCCGUCCGCCGCGUGAAGCCCGGGUUCCGGCUCUGGUUGGAGCACGAGGCCAGGCACGUGGGCAAGGUGCUCGUCCCAGUGGGCAUCUUGUCGUGGGUGACGAAGCCGGGCGCUAUGAUCUUCCUCUCCAUGAAGCAGUCCUUGCGAGUGCAGAGGUUGGUGGAAGACUACUGCGCCCAAGCCAAGCUGCAGGAUCAUGGAAAGGACGAGCUGAAGCAGUGCAUCUCGGGAGGCUUGGCAAAGCGGCUGGGUGGACAGCGCGUCAAGGAGGCGCUGCAGAUGUUGGACGAAGGGCGUUGGGAGGAGGUGGCAGCCAUGAUGCUGGACUAUUACGACAAGCUUUACGAUAUCUGGGCGAGAGAGAGUGAAUGCCUCGCGCGAGUUGAUGUUGACUGCCCUACCGCGGAUGCCUCUGCGAAUGCGGAGCUGGUGCUGCGGGCUGCUGAGAGGCACACCAGGGAGGCCGCUGCUGCUGGGCGCGUGGUUGGAGAGCUCGGGUACGCACCCUCCAAGGAGGCGAAGGAGCCGAAUCAGUCCGAGCAGGUCGUGGCCGCUCCAAGUCCCACGCACGAGGGGGCCUGCUACUGUGGCGAGGUGCGGGUGCGUUGUCGAGGUGAGGCGAGAGCCAUUAGCUACUGCCACUGCUCCAUCUGCCGCCGCCUCUCUGGGUCGCCCUUCUCCUGCCAAGCGCUCUUCCAAGAGGACCAGGUGGCGCUGGAGCUGCAGCCGGGGUCCAGCCUCGUGCAGUUGCGUACGUCCAAAGGUGUUGAGCGGAGCCGCUGUGCCUCCUGCCAUGCUCCAGUACGCGGCACCCUCCAGGGAGGCAAGCUGGUGGCCGUACCGCUUUCGCUGCUGACAACGUGGAGGGGAGGAGCUCAGAACGCGGUGGAAGCGGGCGAAGGCAGAGGAGUAGGAGCGGAGAGUAGCCCGAGGCACCGGCCUGGGCUCCGGCCAAUGCACCAUUUGCACUACAACGAUCGUGUCAUGGAUGUGCGCGACGGGCUCCCAAAGUAUGCAGCCGGCUUUCGCGAGACGGGACGGCUUCCGGAGAGUGAGUGGUGA